AUCAAAGAAGAAAACAAAUGGCUUGUUGGCCUCUAUGGAAGCAAGAAAUAUAAAGUGAUAUUGAUGUAGAUGCAUGUAUAUAUAGUGUGGAUCCAGCGAAUGAUCAUCGCUGGAGAGACAGAGAAAAAAAGAUUGACAUAUAUAUACUCAGGGACUGAGGAUGGCAAACUGUAAUAUGGAGGACACAUUUGGAUCCUCCAAAACAACAGUUAGUAAAACAGUUCAACAUACUAGUGUAAAGAAAGACGACGAAAAUGAUGCAGUGGUGCACAAAGAGAUGAAUACCCAUGAUGGAAAAAUAUUUAUUGACAAGUUCUUUGAGAUUCCAGAGGAAGACAAUGAUAAGUUCUUGAGAAAGAUUAGAACACGGAUGGACAAAGCAGGGAUUGACUUGCCAAAAGUAGAAGUCAGGUUUCAGAAUUUAAGUGUGGAAGGCAAUUGCUUGAUCGGAGAUCGAGCACUUCCCACCUUGCCAAAUGUUGCUUGGAAUGUUGCCGAAUCAGCCCUGAGUGGCUGCCUUGGGAUUAAAUUAGCAGGGCAAGCAAAACACAUGAUUCUAAAAGAUGCAAGUGGCAUCAUUAAACCAGCAAGGAUGACACUCCUACUAGGCCCACCUUCUUCUGGGAAAACAACCCUCUUAUUGGCUCUUGCUGGCAUGCUGAACUCUACCUUAAAAGUUACAGGCGAAAUCACUUACAAUGGGUAUAGACUGGACGAAUUUGUGCCACAGAAAACAUCAUCAUACAUUAGCCAGACUGAUAUUCAUGACGGACAAAUGACCGUAAAAGAGACCUUAAAUUUUUCUUCCAGGUGCCAGGGUGUUGGACCACGAUAUGAACUCCUAACUGAGCUUGAAAGGAAGGAAAAGGAAGCUGGGAUAGUUCCUGAUCCUGAGGUUUCUUAUUUCAUGAAGCAAACAGCAACAGGAGGAGUUGAAAACUGUUUUAUUACAGAGUAUACUCUAAAAAUCUUGGGACUUGAUAAAUGCCGAGACACUAUUGUGGGGAAUGAAAUGCACCGAGGAAUAUCAGGGGGCGAGAAAAAGAGAGUCACUAUAGGAGAGAUGAUUGUUGGGCCAACAAAGACUCUAUUUAUGGACGACAUAUCCACAGGCCUUGACAGCUCCACAGCAUUUCAGAUAGUGAAAUGCUUGCAGCAGAUUGUCCACCAGACAGAAGCUACAGUGUUAAUUUCCCUCCUUCAGCCAGACCCAGAGAUAUUCAAUCUCUUUGACGAUAUCAUUCUCUUAUCAGAGGGGCAAAUUGUCUAUCAGGGCCCACGAGAGCAUGUCAUCGAUUUCUUCGAGAGCUGUGGAUUCAAGUGUCCAGAGCGAAAAGGAAUUGCUGACUAUUUGCAAGAAGUUACCUCGAAGAAGAAUCAAGAGCAUUACUGGGCUGACAGAACUCAAACUUAUAAAUACAUAUCCGUCGUUGAAUUUGCAGCUCGAUUCGAAAGUUUUCAUGUAGGCUUGAGACUUGCAGAUGAGUUGUGUGUAAAAUAUGACAAGGAUAGAAUGCAAAAGGGUGCUCUUGUGUUUAAGAAAGAUUUGGUUUCUCAGAAGGAGCUGUUGAAGACCAUAUUUGGCCGAGAAUGGUUACUAUUCAAAAGGAAUUCUUUUAUCUACGCAUUCAAGCUGGUCCACGUAAUAAUUCUAGCGUUCAUCACUGCAACAGUGUUUAUGAGGACUACAUCAUACACUAGGAAUGAGGAUGACGGUGCAGCUUAUAUUGGCGCUCUUACAUUUGUAAUAAUGAGCAAUAUGUUUACUGGUUUUUCAGAACUUGCAAUCAUCAUGCAGCGACUUCCUGUGUUCUUCAAGCAAAGAGACCAUCUGUUCUACCCACUGUGGACCGUUACACUUCCAACCUUUGUGCUAAAUAUUCCAGUAUCUUUAUUAGAAUCUACAGUUUGGUUGGCAGUAACCUAUUACACCAUUGGAUUUGCCCCUGAAGCUAGCAGGUUCUUCACCCAACUGUUCUUGGUAUUUCUAAUCCAACAGAUGGCUGCUGGGUCAUUUAGGGUUGUUUGUGGAGUGGGUAGAACCAACGUCGUGGCAAACACUGGUGGAAGUCUCGCUCUGCUACUACUAUUUCUUUUGGGUUUCAUCCUUCCACGAGACGAAAUUCCAAAUUGGUUAGACUGGGCAUACUGGUUUUCACCUAUACCUUACGCUUUUAGUUCCCUGGCUAGUAAUGAGAUGCUUUCCCCAAGGUGGACCAACAAAAUGGCUUCAGAUAAUGUUACCAGCUUGGGAGUGGCAGUGUUAAAGAGUUUCAACUUCAGUGCAAACCCAAAUUGGGUUUGGGUAUCUGCAGCUGCUCUCCUCGGAUUCGCAAUUCUUUUCAACAUACUUUUCACCUUCGCUCUGACCUUUUUGAGAAAUCCUACUGAUCAUAGACAAGCAACAAUAUCUAAAGUGACAGGAAACGAUGAAUCAAGAAACCAUCAAAUCGAGUUACUCCCAAAUCCUAGAUCCAGUUCUGGAAACAUCCCAAGAGAAAUCGCAAUCCAACAAAUUAACGGAUCCAAUUUCAAAGAAGCAAGCAGACAAGAUUCAAGCCUUGAGGGCGUGCAUGCUGUUAAUCCCAAGAGAGGAAUGGUCCUUCCAUUCACAGCACUUAACAUGUCCUUCAAUGCCAUAAGUUACUUUGUGGAUAUGCCACCGAUAAUGAAGGAAAAAGGAAUGAAAGAAGAUAAGCUCCAAUUACUUGAGAAAGUUACUGGUGCAUUUAAGCCUGGAGUUCUAACAGCGCUAAUGGGAGUUACUGGGGCUGGAAAGACAACAUUAUUGGACGUUCUAUCGGGAAGGAAGACAGGAGGGCAUAUUGAAGGUGAUAUUAGGAUUUCUGGAUUUCCUAAAAGACAAGAAACUUUUGCUCGAAUAUCCGGAUACUGUGAACAAAAUGAUAUCCACUCACCUCAAGUUACAGUUCAUGAGUCUUUAAUUUACUCGGCCUUCCUGCGGCUACCUACAGAAGUAAGCAAGGAAGAAAAGAUGAUGUUUAUAGAUGAAGUAAUCAGUCUGGUGGAACUAGACAAUCUGAAGGACGCUAUUGUGGGCCUUCCAGGGAUCACUGGUUUGUCAACAGAACAAAGAAAGAGAUUGACAAUAGCUGUGGAGCUUGUUGCUAAUCCAUCAAUCAUAUUUAUGGAUGAACCAACUUCUGGUCUUGAUGCCAGAGCAGCAGCAAUUGUAAUGCGUACAGUUAGAAACACAGUGGACACUGGGAGAACUGUUGUUUGCACAAUUCAUCAGCCUAGUAUUGACAUCUUUGAAGCAUUUGAUGAGUUGCUUCUUCUUAAGAGCAGAGGACAAGUGAUCUACCAUGGACCGCUGGGCAGAAACUCUCAUACAGUAAUCAGAUAUUUUGAGGAGAUUACCGGGGUGCCAAAAAUAAAAGAAGAAUACAAUCCAGCGACAUGGAUGCUUGAAGUAAGUUCGGUCGCUACAGAACACCGUCUUGGGGUUGACUUUGCCAGACACUACAAAUCAUCAGCAUUAUACCAAAGAAAUAAGGUUCUAGUUGAGCAGCUGUCUAAACCUUCUCCAGGAGCUAAUGACCUUCACUUCCCUACCAAAUAUCCUCAGUCUACAUGGAAGCAACUGGAGUCCUGCUUAUGGAAACAAUGGGUUAGCUAUUGGAGAAGUCCUGAUUAUAACCUUGUUCGAUACUUUUUCACCUUGACUAGUGCACUUAUUGUUGGGACAGUUUUCUGGAAAGUUGGUGAAAGGAAAAGUAGCCACGAGCAGCUCACCAGAAUCAUUGGAUCCAUGUAUAAUUCUAUGCUGUUUAUUGGAAUAAAUAAUUGCUUGACAGUACAGCCGAUGGUAGCUGUAGAAAGAACAGUGUUUUAUCGAGAAAGAGCUGCAGGAAUGUACUCUUCAAUACCAUAUGCCAUGGCACAGGUAUGUGUGGAAAUACCAUAUGUGUAUAUUCAAACAAUAUGUUAUACUAUAAUAGUGUAUCCUAUGGUUGGAUUUGAAGGGACUGUCACCAAAGUCUGCUGGUUCUUCUUCAUCAACUUUUUUACAUUUCUCUACUUCAUAUACUACGGAAUGAUGACAGUGUCCAUCACGCCAAACCCUCAACUAGCAGCAAUAGUUUCAAGUACUUUCUUUUCGCUCUUCAAUCUUUUCUCUGGUUUCUACAUCCCCAAACCAAAAAUCCCGAAGUAUUGGAUAUGGUAUUACUACAUAUGUCCAAUGGCAUGGACUGUUUACGGAUUGAUAGUGUCACAAUUUGGUGAUGUGACCGAAACAGUCCAAACGAUCACAUUACCUCAUCCAACUGUCAAGGCAUAUAUGGAAGAGCAUUUCGGAUAUGACCCGGAUUUCAUGGGGAAAGUGGCUAUAAUCUUGGUUGGAUUUCCAGUUUUUUUCGCAUUUAUGUAUGCUUGCUGCCUAAAAACACUGAACUUCCAGACAAGAUAGGAACUGCAUAAAAUGUACUCCCUCCGUCCCCCUGAGUUAUAUACAUUGGGGGACGGGGACGCGGCACGGACUUUAAUGCUCUCGUAAAGUAUAGUUUUAUAACUUAUUUUUAAGAUUUUUCUUUUUUGAAUAAAAGUUCAAAUGUUAUAUUUUUAUUCAGAAAAAGAAAAUUUUAAAAACAAGUUAUAGAACUAUGUUUUAUAUGAGCAUUGAAGUGCGUGUCGAGCAGUGAAAAAGAAACGUAUAGAAUUAAAUGGGACAGAGGGAGUAACUUUUUCAAAUAGGGAAUAAUAUACUUCAAGAAAUCCAAAAAUUAGAUGAUGCCUUGAUGAAGAAUGAAACUCAAGACAAACAUUUUCUAGAUUUCUUAAGAGAUGGGAUUACUGUAUACCGAAUUUUGCACAAGUUGAUGUAAAAAUAUAUUCAAUAA